CAUGACGUUUUUUUCGAGGUUAGCUAAAAGUCAAAAAAAGUAAAUAUUUUUCGUUUGGACUUGGAAGUUCCAAAUUCUCCCUUGUAACGAAAUGGCCCAUGCUCAUUUUAUAGAAGAAAUGAUUAAGGAAUACCUGUUAUUCAGAGGUUUCGGCCAAACUCUGAAAGCCUUUGAUGCAGAACUGAAAACAGAUAAGGAAAAAAGCUUCAGAGUAGAUAAAAUAAUAGAGCAGUUACUGCAUUCAGUUUCUAAUUAUGAUUUAAACUCAUUGCGGGAACUUUGGGGGCAUCUGGAGACAAAUAUGUUCGCAAAACUCGAAACUCAGUUUAUGCCGGGAGUAAAAAAAUUAGAGAACGCAGUACUAAAGUUAUAUUUAGUGAACUGUAUAUCCAACAACAAAUCUGAUAAAGUAACAGAGUUCUUUUUGAAAAUGACUCCCGAACUACAAAACCAGAGUGAAUGGAAAGAUUGGUUCGUUCUCCCAUACUUGAAGAGUCCUGAGGAAAAUCCAACGUUUUCACUUCAUUUUACAAAGCAUUGGCAAGAUACAUUAGUUUUAUCGUUGCAUAAUUUUUUAGCCUCUAUUUUUCAAUACAUGCCCACUCCAACUAUCAUGAAUUUUGAAGAGGACGCUCAGAAGAUAUGUAGAUUAGAAGAAAGAAACGAGUCUUUAAAAAAUCGCUUAGCUUUACUGCUAGAUAAAGGUUCUGAAACUACAGUUACUCCAUGCCAAGUGGAACCACCUCCCCAUUUACUCGAUGAUUUUUAUAUCAUUGCUCAGGAAAAUAAUCUGAUCGAUAAUCAAGGCAAAAGCUUGAAAAAUCUUAUCAGGAGUAUGGGUACUGGUGCAAGCCCUAUUCUGGGAAGGAAAGAUAAUAGCUCAAAGAAAAAACCGGCUAGAAGUUUCAGAUCUGCCGAGUAGAUUUUAAUUUCAUGUAAUGUGGUGUAGCUGUUGUUCAAUUGUAUUUACAAAUAUUUUAUUAUGUGAUAAUUAUGCUUUAUGUAAUUUUAUAUUAUCUUACUUUUAUUAUUUCUGAAGAUCACAUAAGUGGUAGAUAUAUUAUUAAAGAUUUGUUUAGACCUA